CGGGGGCGGGGAGGGGGCGGAAGCGGAAGCGGGGCGACGGUUUCCGAGGAGCCCGGUAUAAAGCGGCCGCUGGUGCCCGGUGUCGCCCGCCGCGCUCGUGCCGCCGUGAGUGACCUCACCCCUCCCUCCUCCCCCCACCCUCCCCGCCGGCCGCCGCGGCCACCUCCCGGCACCGCCGCCUCCCCCGCCGCACGGAGCAGGUCCCGGGUGCAGGGGGAGACCCGGGGGCAGAUUAAUCAGCCACUCGAUGGGGAUUAACAGUGGAGCACCUCUUUGUGUCGCCUUUCCACCUCUCUGUAGCAAGAAAAACAAUUUCAGCACUUCUUCAAUAAUAAUUAUGAAACUGGUAUUAACUGAAUGGCAAUUAUGGAUUUUUAACUCUAACUCACAGUAAACCAGCAAGCCAUAUGUUGAAAUUCCUACCAAAUAGCUUUUCGUUCUUAAUGUCUCAUACCUAUACAAGAAGUUGCAAGAUACCUGUUUGUAUACGAGGAAUAUAAGCCUGAGGAACAGAAGCUGAAAGAGAAGACACCCUAAGUUGUCCUUGGAGAUAUGGUAGUAUUAUUUAUAUAGAUAUAAUAAAUAUAUAUAUUUUUUAUGGUGAUGAAAAUGGCUCCUCAGAAUGCUGACUCGGAAUCUAUGCAAGUUCAAGAUCUACCUGUGGCACAGCUUCAGAAACCAGAAAACAAGGAGAAUGAAAGUAGAGAGGAGACCAUUAGCGAAGGAUCCAUAGACCGGAUACCGAUACGCCUCUGGGUGAUGCAUGGUGCAGUUAUGUUUGGCAGGGAAUUUUGUUAUGCCAUGGAGACAGCUUUGGUAACACCUGUAUUGUUACAAAUCGGUCUUCCUGAACAAUACUACAGCCUCACUUGGUUCCUUAGCCCUAUCCUGGGCUUGAUCUUCACUCCGCUUAUAGGUUCGGCUAGUGACCGCUGCACACUGAGCUGGGGCCGCCGGCGGCCUUUUAUUCUUGCUCUCAGCAUUGGUGUCCUCUUUGGAGUUGCACUUUUCCUUAAUGGCUCUGUUAUAGGUCUGGCUAUCGGCGAUGUCCCGGACAAGCAGCCCAUUGGUAUCGUUCUCACGGUGCUUGGUGUCGUGGUGUUGGAUUUUUGCGCUGAUGCAACGGAAGGGCCGAUUCGGGCCUAUUUAUUGGAUGUGGUGGACAGUGAAGAGCAAGAUAUGGCCCUUAACAUCCAUGCCUUUUCAGCUGGUCUUGGAGGAGCAAUCGGUUACAUGUUAGGAGGGCUGGACUGGACACAGACCUUCUUGGGUAGUAUUUUUAAAUCUCAAGAGCAAGUCCUUUUCUUCUUUGCAGCCAUCAUUUUCUCUGUCUCCGUUGCCCUCCACCUUUUUAGCAUUGAAGAAGAGCAAUAUAACCCUCAGCAGGACAGGAUUGAUGACGAAGGAGACACACUUUCUAGCGUGAAAUUCAGCGGUAGUCUCCCCCCUCUGAAUCGACUGAAUGUAAUUAGUGAGGAAGAUCCGUAUGGAGCCUCUAUGUUUCACGACGAGGUUCAGUCAGAGCAUGAUCUCAGCAUGGAGUUCGUCGAGGUGAACAUUGUAAGAAGUAAGAGUGACUCAGUUCUGCACAUGCCUGAUGCUACACUGGAAAUUGAAUCAGAGCUGCUUUUUCUGCAUGACAUCGAACCCUCAAUUUUUCAGGAUGCUUCAUAUCCAAAUACUCCCCACAACACCAGCCAAGAGAUCAUGAAGUCCAAACUCAACCGCCUGUCUGCUUUCCUCAGGGACAAUGAGAAGGAGGAGGAGAUGUUGCUUGAUAAUCACUUAAAUGAAGAUAAAGUCCCAAAUGCAAAUGGCUCCCUACCAAAAGAGUUCCUCAACGGACACGCUAGAAUCGGCAUGAAGCAAUCUAGCACUUCAAAUUCCAUGCGAAGGCGAAGGCACAUGUUCUACCGUCAGCCAUCCUACACCUUCUCGUACUAUGGCAAAAUAGGCUCUCACCGCUAUCGUUUUCGUCGGGCCAAUGCCAUCGUCUUGAUAAAGUCUUCGCGCAGCAUGAACGAUAUCUACGACAUGCAGAAGCGGCAGCGACAGAAGUACAGACACAGGAAUCAGAGUGGCACAACAAAUUCAAGUGGAGACACAGAGAGCGAAGAGGGGGAAACUGAAACCACUGUCCGACUCUUGUGGUUGUCAAUGUUAAAGAUGCCAAAGGAGCUGCUGAGGCUGUGCGUUUGUCACCUCUUAACUUGGUUUUCAAUCAUUGCUGAAGCUGUGUUCUAUACAGAUUUCAUGGGCCAGGUCAUCUUUAAAGGUGAUCCAAAGGCCCCUUCUAAUUCAACUGAGUUGCAUGCCUAUAAUGCUGGAGUUCAGAUGGGUUGCUGGGGACUGGUAAUUUAUGCUGCUACUGCUGCCGUUUGUUCAGCACUGUUGCAGAAAUACUUGGACAACUAUGACCUUAGUAUAAAAGUCAUCUACAUCCUGGGCACGCUGGGUUUUUCUCUUGGCACUGCAGUGAUGGCUAUGUUCCCCAACGUGUACGUCACCAUGAUAAUGAUCAGCACCAUGGGAAUAGUCUCCAUGAGUAUCUCCUACUGCCCCUACGCGCUUUUGGGACAAUAUCAUGAUAUCAAGCAGUAUAUUCACCAUAGCCCUGGGAACUCAAAGCGAGGAUUUGGCAUAGAUUGUGCUAUUCUGUCAUGUCAGGUUUACAUCUCCCAGAUCCUCGUGGCCUCUGCGCUUGGUGGCGUGGUGGAUGCAGUUGGCACGGUCAGAGUCAUUCCCAUGGUGGCUUCGGUGGGAUCCUUCCUGGGUUUUUUGACAGCAACGUUCUUGGUGAUUUACCCCGAAGUCAACGAAGAGCCAAAGGAAGAACAGAAAGGACUCGGCCCUCCGGAGACCGCCGAGAGCAACAGCACCAACGCCGAGAAGCCAACCGUUCUGAAGCUCACGCGCAAAGCAGCCGCUGCGCCGGGGCUGGAGAGCGAGUCUGCCGUGUGAGGCCGUCGCUUGUCCUUUACACACAUUCCAGGGAGUGCAGGUGCCGGAUCAGGAACCCUUUUUUCUCCAACAGGACAAAUUAGGAUCUUCAGUACUUGUAGCAAAAAUUGCAGAAAAUUGCAGGCAGUUUCGUGCAAAAAUGUAAAUGAAAUUCUGUAGUCCCUAAUAUAGGUUUGAACAGGUAGCUAUGAUGCUAAUUGCUUUCUCUACAGCUUAGAAAUGUCAUUUCUGAACACUUUUUUAUUGAAGAAUACAUUUAGAUUUCAAAUAAGUUCUAUUAAUCUGCAUGAGACUCACAGUGUAUACAAUUAGCAGUUAGAAAAAUUAAGUUUUCAGCUGUUUUUAAACUAACUGAAAAUGGAAGCUAUCUUGACCUAUAGUCUCUUGCUAUUUUUGUCUGAAACAUUUCAGAUUUCACUAGUACAGCACCUGAAUCAAAUGCUUAGACAUCUUGAUCAAUCUUUUUCGUAAGCACGAUGAUAUUGGUCUGAAAGCUACAGUUCUUUAAUUUUAGACUUCAUAUUUUUGCUGGUGCAAUUGCUACAGAAAAGUUUUAUUUGCAAUCAGUUUCAAGACAAAACAAAAGCAAUUACUGCGGUUUCUAAGAAACUGCUGUGAAUCCUUUUAGUCUUACUGUUCAACAGCUGCUCCCGAGUCUGCUGCUUGUCAGGAAUGGAUAGCCCUGGGUGCAUGCCGUGAACCGUAGACGGACGUAGCAGCAGCUGGGAAGGUGAUCAGCACUCGCAGGUAUUUCUAACACGUGCUGAAUUUUGUGAAUGUCAUUGGAACACGCUGUGACAAUUUUUAGCUGGGAGUUUUUGCGUGCCGGUGAACUUUGGGGUUUUCUCGGCGUUUAAAGCCGAUCGCCUCUGGAUGAAGCUGUUGCAGAGAAGGGCGUCUCUGGGGCCGGCUUCACGGAGCGGGGUGUGAGGAGUCUCUGUAGUGGGGAGAGGAAGUUGAUGAUUAAUUGCACUUUUUAUGGUCCUUUUACCUCCCGGCUGGGAAUGCAGCAGCCAAGGUAAAGGCGCAGUGUCAGUACAACAAGGUAAACUGAAGGCCUACCUCUGUAACUUCAUGGCAUUUUCUGGUUGCAUAAAAAUCUGUGUCAGAAACAGUUUUCAGGCCUUAAAAUUCAAUCCACUAGCACGUGUUGUUGUUCCAGUCCCUGCGUUGGAGGGAUUGUAGGCUGGAGCUCUCCUGAGCUGCUCAACCAAUUUCGUCAGCUCAACCUCCGUACCCCCUUCCCUGGUUCAGGACGUAGCUGCCAUGCAAAGACAUUUUCUGUGAAGAGCUUAAAAAGAGCGAUGCUAAUCUGAUUUAAAAUAUUAUUGGGAUCACUAGCAGUGCCCCAAUCCACGGGUAGACAAAGCUCAGAAAUCCAGCAGCCGGUUACGGCAACUUGAGAAACCGAACUUCCAGUUGUUGUCUAAGAAGUGUUUGUGAUGCUAUUUACUCAUUUUUGCAUGGACUUACCGGCUGCACUCGAUCCAUGUGCUAAACAGACAAAUCACAGCUCGUUGCAAGAUUUCUGCUGCCUCAAACUUCUUAUACUACAGUACUUUAAGAUGCAUGUGUAAAUCAUGCUGCAAUAUAUUCAUUCAAAAGGAAAAUAUAUAUUUCAAAAUGAAAAGCAGUUUUUAAUAAAUUACUUGAAUUGUCAAUGUAUUUAAGAAAUAUGUAUGUUUUGGUAUGUUUGAAGUUAACGCGCAGUCUUGGCCGACGUCAUUGAUGAGUUCCUGGUGGCAUGCGUGUGUUUCGAAGCUGAAGGCUUUCGGUCAGUGCUAAAGUCCUAUGCUAUGGAGGGUGGCGAUGUUGUUUUUAGGCUGGUGAAAUUUCAGAGCACUAAAGUACAUGUCUCACAGGACUUUGGUUUUUUUUUUCCUAGUGUCUCAAGAAAGUCGUUUUUCUUUAAGGUGAAUAUUUUUUAUUUAGAACACAUACUGUGAAUUGUGUUCAGACAGGGGAAUAGUACUACUGAAGCAUAUAAGACCUUAUUGAAGAAAUCAGUUGUGAGAAAUACUUUAACUGAACUUCUGCAGUGAAUUUUAUCAUCUCAGUUACAUUUAAUAUAUUCUGGUGAUAUUCAUAUAUAACAGAAAUGAGUGUUGUAUUUCACCCUAUAACUGGCAUUCUUGUAAAAUAUAAACCAAGUUAGACAUUUUAAAGUGGCUUUAAUAUUUUAUUUUUAAACCUUUUUUGGAGGAUUCUGCUUUUGGUUGAACGAACACUGUUGAGUAUCCCUGAUUUUAAUCUCUGCUUCUUGAAAGAUUCUGCUACGGCGUGAAAAUCUGCGAUUUCUGGUCAGCGCCAGCCUUGCCCUUUUCCCCACCACCGAUGACUUGGGUUGAUCAUGAAUGUAGUUUUGAACUCACGUUACUCCAUAUAGCAGCUUCGUAAGCCAAAAUACCUUUCGCGGCACAACCAAGCGAUCCACGGUCUAGCUUUGGAGAGGGACGAGGAGCUGAAGCUCCCUCUUGUGACCCAUCCAGCAGAGGGAAGGCAAAACUGCUUGAGGGGGGUGAGACCACACGCAUUCAUUUAGCUUUCUCCAUCGUGGGAAGGGACAAGGAGGGAGAACCGUUUCCAACCUGGAGGACUUCACUCAGAGGCAGGGCAGGUCCCACUUCGUCCUCGCCAGCGUUUUGCUGAGCCUGGUUUCUAAGGACGGGCUGUUCAGAUCCAUAUGUGGGGCUGUUUAUGGGGCUGUUUGAUUACCGUUUAUAACGCAUAAACACAGACGCUGCUUUGUAGCAGGAAGUUGUAUUUCACUCCCCUGUAAAGCCGAAGGAAAUAAUUAUCCAUUGUAACCGCUCCAAAGUGUUUGUAGUAGCGCCAGGAGAAUUAACGUUGGGUAGCCCCUGCCAAAGGAGCUGCUCCUGCGCCGUGGCCAGCCUGCAAAAGCGCAGCUCUUACUGCACGGGCACUCGCCAGCGACCGUUUCUGAGAUUCAUCAUGCUAAUGCUAUUUUUUCCGUUGAAUUUGAGAGGUUUUUCUUUCUAGCCCCAUCACUUCUCAGGUAGGGUGGGCAUUCCCAUAAUUCUACGUUGUCCCUCACCUUAUCUUUUGAUGCAGAAAGUUUCUCUUCUCUUCUCUUCUCUUCUCUUCUCUUCUCUUCUCUUCUCUUCUCUUCUCUUCUCUUCUCUUCUCUUCUCUUCUCUUCUCUUCUCUUCUCUUCUCUUCUCUCAACUAAAAGGCAAAGUAUUAGAUUUUAUGUCUUCUUGCAGAAGUGGAGGGGAGAGAGAGUUGAGGGGGCUGUUUUUCCUUCUGGGGAUGAUAAGGACAGUCUUAGGUUUGCUGAUUUCAUCCCAUGUGCUCCAUCUCUUGGCGUCUUCCCUGCAGCAGGUUUAAGGUUUGGCCGUUUGCUUCUGCGUUGCUCUAUUCUGUAAACGAUUUCCCAGACGCUGCUGCAGUCUUUUCAGUGACGCGUAGCACCUCCGAUGUUGGGCACCGUUAGCGCUCAGAUCUGCGAGUGUUUAAUGAGAACUUGGUAGUGGGUAAGCUGCAUGUCUAGAGGUAUUUUGCGUUAAAGCCGAGAAGCUCAAACGUAACCGUGUUGGAGGGUGUAGCGUGGAUUUUGCACCGCCGGGUUGUCGUAGAGGCUGGUCGGAUCUGAACUGUGUGUGGAUGGCGAUCGUGGAUUACAGAAGCGAUGAUUUCUGAGGGCUGUUUCCCUUCCUGCUGGUUAGCCGACCUUCCUAGGGUUUUAUCGCCUGAGCAGCCUUUCAAUAGCGUGAAUCGGGCCGUUAGCUAGUGCUGGUGGUACCAGAGCUCCAGGCAGAUGUGGGUGGUUCAGCAUCAGGAGGGAAGAAGCUGGUGCAUCCACCAGAAGUUAGUGCUCUUUGAAACACCUCGUGUCCCUUUCCCCUUCCGUGCAGAGCCUUUUUUGAAGUACGGCAUGUUCCCCGCUCAGAGGGCUGAGGAGAGGCGGCUGUGAACGUGGCCUCCUGGUCUCCUUGGAGGCACCGAUGCCGGCCAUGGAGCCAGGGAUGAAACGGGCCGCGAGCUGCUGGUGGAGCCAGCGUGGAAGCGGGGCUCGGCCUCCCUCAUUCCCCUCCCAUCCCAUUUAAUUCCCGUGCGGCAAUGGCAACGAUUUAGUUGCCAGAUCCCUCCUCCAAAGCCUCCUUUUGCCCCACCGAAACCCAUCCCCGGCCACUCGCCCUCGGCAUGUGGGGAGCCCGGCCAUGGGCCGACGUCUGCUGUGGUCCAGGGGAGGACAUCCACAGCCACCAGCAGCCUUGGUUGCCUCCGUUUGCGGCUCUGCGGGUUAAGGUCGCGCUUGCAAACACAAGGUGGAGAAAGUUGAAUUUUAGCAGUGGUGGACCGCAUCCGGUGCCCGGGCGGGCAGCAAGGCAGAGCAGGAGAACAGCAGUGCGGCUCCGUGGUCCAAGUUAGUUUUGGUGGCCAUUCAAGUUUGCAAUCACUUCCAUUUUUGCAGAGACAUGUCCCUGGGAUGCGCCACGCUCCGUGGUCCCGCAUCUGCGACGACUUGAUCACUGCUCUAAAUACGUACCCUGUUUAAGUGACUUAAGUGAAAUCCUGCAUGGUAUUCGGAGCACGUGUAGCAGCUUCGGCAUCUGAAGUAUCUAUCGUGAAAGAGAAGUUGGUUUUAUUUGCAGCUGGUUUUUGUCCUCGUUUUCUUUUAAAAGGCCAAAUAAAUAUAACAAACACCAAAUGUUGCACAGAAAUGGUAUUAAUGACUGUGUAUAAGAAAUACCAAAUUUUAUUUUUCUUUGCAGAAACUCUAUGGUUACAGAUAGUCCUCUAGCUGUUAUUCUUCCUUAAACUACAAAGCUGAAAGUUUGUAAAAGUUGCAUUGAAAAUGGUCAUUUUUUUAAAAAGUUGAGCUACCCAAAGUUUGCUGCCUCUCAUGUUGCAUCCGGAACGAGCGAUUUGCAAAGGCAAGCCGCGAAAGCUCAAAUUCAGAUGAUAGUUUAGUUUCGAGGAUCAGCAGUUUGAACAGUCAGGAAACUGCAUUUGGUGUGAACGGGCGGACUCGGGCGCCUCUGCCUAACGUGGCACUCACAGAUGACAUCAGUCUGUCGGGGCAGCCGGGUCUGCUCAUCAGGAUGUUCAGGUUUUCCUGUCAUUUAAAUUCAGAUCCUAUCCUGUAAAACGGAUGGGAAUUUCUGUCCCUCUCUGUUUCCGCAACCCAAAUAGCCGUGCUGGCGGCCAGCCUGUUGUUCAACCUCGCCUUCCCGGGCCCGCGCGGAGAAGCGUGAGCGGGGCCAGCUCGAAGCCGACUCGUUUGAUGUAGACGUUGCAGCGGUUUAGCCACAAGCCGGUUUCCACCCACCUAUGGCACCAAACUAGGAUUAAAAGUUAUUUGAUGCCUUUUUUGACCUGCAAAAAUUUAAGAGAAAACCCAAUGCAUUGGUUCAAUUUGACGCUUUUUUUCUGGACGUUGGAAGCUGUGGAUAGAGCUGUAGGAGUGUAGCCUCGCUUAACUAGUCGUUAGCCUUAUUUAGUCUGCACCUAUUCAAUACUCAGUGAUAGCCAAAUUGUAGCUAAUAGCCCCAAAGCUAGAAAGCCUUCCCCCUCCACAAAUUGGCAGUUCCCAAUUUAUUUUUCCUUUUUCUCUGAUGUAACAUGAACGCUAAGCCCUUUCGGUAGCCAAAUGACCAGCUUAUUUUAAAUGCCUCGUAUUAAUAGAAAGCUGCAUAUAGGCAUCUCAUAGCGGAAAAAAAAAAAAGAGAAUAUUUAGUUCCUUUGUGAACUGGCCAUAUGACAACUACUUUUUUAUCAACUUAUUAAGUUGGGGCACUAUAAUAGCUCUUGCUGAGUUUAGCAAUGUUUAUAAGCAUGUGUUAAACACAUAAUGUUAAGUUUUAUGAGGAAAAAGGGAUAAAGAAAAGUAAUGUCACAGAUGAAUGUUUGAGUGAGUAGAUGGCAUAAUGUAUGUAUGUUUUUUAUUUCUACACUGUUGAGCUUAUUUUCUGUUUUAAAGUAAAAAAAAAAAUUGUUGCAUGAGAACUGUUUUAUUGUGUUCCGCACUUUCUGUUCUUUUUGUAUAAUCUUGAUUUUUUUUUCCAUUUAUGCAUAGAAAAACAAAAUCGAUUUAGAAAUAUUCUGCUCCACGUUACGUUGUGUUCCGAUCCGUUGUUCUGAAGUUCGAUCUUAAUAAACAUUUCGGUAAGAGUU